AUGGAAUCUGCUGUUGGAAUUCAAUCAUUCCUAUAAGAAGGUUACCCUUUUAAAUGUCUCUUCAAACAUCGCUUUACAGAUUUCAUUGUUUAAGAAAUUGAUCUUAAAGGAUAAGUAGCAAUUAUAUCUGAUAAAACCAAAUGGCUAAAUUUUGAUUAGAAAUAAGAUCAAAAACCAUAAUAAAAAGAUAAGACUUUGCCUUUUGCAAAUUUAACACUUUCUGAAGAAUUUAUUUAAUAAUCUAAUCAAUUGUUUGGAGAAGAAAAUACUACUAAAUUUUAAUAAUUGGUGGAAAAAGUUAGAACUACUGGAAAAUGUGUAUAAUUUGAAACUAAGGUUGCUUUGCCUUAAUUAAAAGAAGAUAGAAUUAAAGUACAUCAACUGAUCAGAUAAAAUAUACCAUUCCUUGAAUCAUUUACUAAAAAUGCUCAUAAUUAAAAGAAUAAAGCAGAAAAGAAGGAAGAUAAAUCAAAUUAAAAACUCGAAGAAUAAGAGCAAUUCCUUCAAGAUCACAUUCUUAUUAAAACAAGUAACAUAAACUUUAAAAAAUAUGUUGCAAGUUAGACAACAAAUAAAGUUUAUGGAGAAAGUAAGAAAUUUGUAAAAUUUUUAUUGAUGAAAAGAAAUUUAGAUUCGAUAAAUGCAGGGAUGUUUAUAUCAAAAUAAUUGGGAUUAUCUAAUAAACAUUUUGCUAUAGCAGGAACAAAAGAUAAAAGAGGUGUUACAACAUAAUGGGCAACUUUAUAAGGAAUGGAAAUAGGUUAAUUAAUUGAGAUAUAAGAGAGAAAGUUUUGGAAUUAGAAUAUUUUGAUGAUUGAUUAUACUUUUUAAGAUUAAGGAAUAAGACUUGGAGAUUUAUAUGGAAAUAAAUUUAUUGUUACUUUGAGAUUUUUAAAUGAAUUGAGUUAAAAUGAAUAAGUAGAAUUAGUAAAGAAUAUAGAAAAUGUAAAAUUAUUUGGUUUUGUGAAUUAUUUUGGUCUAUAAAGGUUUGGAUCUAAAUAGAAAAUUAAGACACAUUAAAUAGGUAAAGAAAUAAUUAAGAAGAAUUGGAAAGAAUGUAUUCGUAUGAUAAUUUUAUCAUCAUAAUAAGAAGAUUAAGAGAAAUUAAAUAUAUUGUUUGAUUUAGAUGAUUUUGUUACGAUGUCUAAUUUAAUAAAUCCAAGAUUAAGAAUAGAGAAAUAAUUGAUAGAUAAUUUAUUAUAGAAUGGAGUUCACAAUUAUUUUACAGCAUUAUAAUCAUUACCUAGAAAUGCAAGGGAACUUUAUCUACAUGCAUAUUAAAGUUAUAUUUGGAAUAAAAUGGCAUCAAUGAGACUACAAUAAUAUGGAAAUAAAUUAGUUGUUGGUGAUAUUGUUAGUGGCAAUGUUAAUGAAGAAGGAGCUGAAGAUGAAGGAGAUGAAAUUAUAUAAUAAUAAUAAAUAGUAGAUGAUGAUGAAAAACAAUAGAAGAAUUAAACUAUAUCUUAAUGUAUUCUUGUGACUGAAUAAAAUAUAUCACAAUAUACUUUUGAUAAAGUAGUAUUACCUAUAUAUGGACAUAAAAUAAAUAUUCCAGAGGAAUCAAUAGUUUCUAAAUUAUUAUAAAAUAUAUUUUAGGAGGAACAAAUCACCAAAUAAGAUUUUGAAGAAGCAUCAAAUAAAUUUUUUAUUGAUGGUAAUUUUAGAUAUCUUGUAUUAACAUUCAAUUUAAUUAGGUUUAAAUUCCAUCUGAAGUAGAACAUCAAUUAUUCAAGUAUUAAAACAAAGACUAAGAUGUUGUUGAUUCUUUUGGAGAACUUCUAAUUGAUGAAGGAGAAUAUCAGGGUUUACUUAUCUAAUUUAAAUUAAAGAAAAGUAGUUAUGCAACUAUGUUAAUCAGAGAACUAACGAAAUGUCCAUCAACUUUAGAGUUUUAAUAAGAGAUAAGUGGAGAAUUUAAUUGAGUAUUUUCUACAAUCUUGUACAUG